UACACGACUGCACGCGGUUGAGUGUAUGUCUUAAAGGAGGAAAAUAAUCCAAGCAUAACCUGUUAAAAUGAACUGAAUUAAAUUUUGUUAAUUUUAAGAUAUUUUGUCAGGAUGGUGUUUAUCGACGGAUCAUUAAUUUCAUAAACUGAAGAUAGGAUUAUUCGUUUUAAAACCUGCAAGAUGAAUGACACAGGGGAUGACGAAGAACUGCUACUUAAACAAACGCAAAAAGAAAUACUUCAGCGCCUUCUCCCAGAUAUAAUAUCUCUGGUAAUAUUUUGUGCGAUUGGAAUAUUCGGUAAUAUAUUGACUCUAACAUUUUACGCAAAGAGAGCGAAGCGAUCCUCGACGCUAAUAAUGAUAACGUCAUUAGCUGCAGUAGAUGUAGCGGUGUGUAUUGCUUUAAUUCUAAGCAUCUGGGAGUUGGCAGUUAUAGUUACAUCGUAUCAUAGUGCCGUCUGCAAACUCACACACUUUUUUGGCCGUUGGACCGUUGGUUCUUCUUGUUUCGUGCUGUGGAUUAUUUCAAUUGACAGGCACAGAAAAAUAUGUAAACCUUUUGGAAAGCAAGUUACAGUAUCGAAUGCUAAGCAUGUUGUUACAGGACUCGUGCUGUUUGCGCUGUUGCUGUCAAUUAAAGAACUUGUACAUUACAGUAGCAUUGAAAUUCUACUAAACACUUCAACCAGUAACGGUACAAUAACUGGCUACUACUGCAAAGAGAUAAAAGGCCCUGGAUACAGAAUUAGUAUUUUUGUCUUCAACGCUAUAGACAUGAUUUUGUUCGCCAUCAUUUGGGUCACCCAAGUUGUUGUCUAUACUCUUAUCAUUUACAGUCUCGUUAAAAUACGCCAAAAAGUGAGUCAAAAAGCAGAUCAUUUUAAAACACCUGAGUUUGAUUUGCCUGCAGCCGAUGAAAGUUUAAGGGAUCCUGUUUCUAAUGACAUGUCCGGGGAUAUACCUGAUUCAAAAGAUAAGGAUAAUAUUUCUCGAAAUACAAUCUCGACAUUGGAUCUUAGCGACUUUACAAAUAAUGCAACAAAUUGCUCAGACGUUAACUUUGGUUUCUCUAAACAGAUAGAUAAGCACACAAAUUCAUCGGAAACAAACAUUCGACAAUCAAAUAAUACAAAUAUAGAGGAAUUUUCAUUCGGAAGGUCUGCUCGAGGUAAAGAAUUGGGAACAAUACGAACGAACAAUGGCCACGGGAAUAUGAAGGUCAAGGCAAUUGCUCCUAUGGAAAUGAAACUGACCCUAAUGUUGUUUUCAGUCUCACUUGUGUUUGUGCUUUGUUUUACACCUUAUUUUGUGAUGAUUAUAUGGGCUCUAGAUGCGGGAAAGGAAUAUGAACUGGAAGCUGGGAUAAAGUUUGCCAUACGUCUUCCUUACUUGAACAGCGUUUUCAAUCCUUUCAUUUACUGUAUUUUCAAUUCCGAGUUUAGAAGCUUUGUUAAGGUGAUGUUAAAGGAAUGCUGUCCGUGGAAUAAUUUAUGAGAAAUUUAGUACUCAAAAAUGGACCAGAUGUUAUUCUUGUACCAAAACAAGUCCGUUUGGUUCCAUAAACAGCGUUCACAGUUACAUUUUUGUCUGUUAUAUUUCAUUUGCUCAUUGCGACUUGAGAUUGAGAUUUCGCUUGUCGCUAUGAUUUCGAACAUGCCUAUAAUGCAGGAUGUUAGAGAUAAUUGUUCAGUGCAAUCUAAGAUGUAUCUCAAUUUAAAUUAUUAUGCAUUAGCGAACUAGGCUUUGAUGGAGACUAACAUGCACACAAGGAUUUACAUAUAUGACAAUUAUUUCAUUCUUGCAAGUUGCAUUUAUAUAUUUUGAUACUGACUUAAUAUUUUUCAUAAAAUCUGAUGCAGUGUG